GGAAUGUGUUUCUCUCUCUUUAUUGCUUUCUUUUCAAGAGUUGCUUUAAGAAGGAGAGCUUGAAAGAGUAAAGAGUGCAGCAGAGACCAUGAAAAAGUAUAGCUGAAAGGAAGAGAGAGCAACAUCAAAGUAGUGUAUCAUUCAUAUAAAUUAUGAAAUCUGCACAUUUUCAUGACCACCAACAAGAAGAAGAUAACCAGUUUCUUGUGGAUUCUUCAUGCUAUGGACUUUCUUGCUACCAAAACCAUAACUUAAAUGUCACUAGAGACAAUACAAAUUCAAGAGACGUGGAGCAACACAUAUAUCAUAACAUCAAUCAAGUGCCAAUAUCACAAGACUUGGGAUUACAUAGCAUUUCAAUAGAAAAUCUCAAGGCUUAUGAACUGCAACAUCUUGCAAGAAUGAAGCACAAGCUUUCAAUAACUGGAUCUUAUUCGGAAAACCGCGAUAUUAUAAGCUGCAACCCAACAUCCAGUACUACUGAAGAGUUUAUAUCAAAUAAUAAUAUUCAGAGAGUUAGAUACGACAAUGAUAACAAUCAAGAUAUGAUGCUCAAAACAUAUUCAGAAGUGUGUCAUAUUAAAAGUGAUCAGUUAAUGAAUCAAAUUCACUCAUCUGAGGAAUCAAUGUUUCACUCUUUCGAUACUAAUAGUUGUUAUACAGGGACAUUUAGCCAGAUUUUUCCAACCUUAAAUGUUUCAAAUUUGAAUCAACCCUCAAGCAGUUUCGAUAUAAACUUGCCGGCUUUAGAUUCCUUUGGGUCUACAACAUUUAAUGGGAGUUCUAGCUAUCAACCUUCUGCAUACAAUGCUCAUAAUCUUGGAAGCCUUGUCAAGGAUAAUUGUUUCUCUUAUGGUGCUGAUCAAAUAAACAGAAAGAUACCACCAGCCUUCAUCUUUGAAACAACAGAAGCAAAAAGGCCAGCUAUUGAUUAUAGGGAUGCAAAGGUUUCUGAAGCUUCUCCAACAAAGAAAUCAAAACUCGAAUUGCGCCCUUCUUGCACACCAUUGAAGGUUAGAAAGGAGAAAUUAGGAGAUAGAAUCUCAGCUCUUCAGCAGAUGGUGGCACCUUUUGGUAAGACAGAUACGGCAUCGGUGCUAACAGAAGCCAUUGGAUAUAUCAAGUUUCUUCAAGGCCAAGUAGAGGGUUUAAUAAAGGAUGGAAAUGAAGAUAUCAAGAGAGAUCUUAGAAGUCGAGGAUUGUGCCUCGUGCCAAUAUCAUGUUUAACAUAUGUUAGUUACACUGGUGGAAAUGUUUGGGCGACCCUGUAGCUUAUGAGCUCCAUGAGAUCGCACGUUAUUCACAUGAACGAAGAGUGUGGCUAGUUGUUAGCGAUUAAGUUUUCUCUACUUUUUGUGGAAAGAUUGGGCAAAUUUGGUAGUCUUGUAAAAGAUGUAGUGACCAUAUGUGAUCCUUUGUUAACGUAUCCUUACUAAAUUAUUAUUUCGGUA